AUGGUUUCUGAUUUGUUUAAUUUGAGGACGCAAUUGGGUUUCUACAAAGCGUAUCAUCACAAUACUGUCAAUGUGAUGAUUCACUCGGUUUUUGUUCCAACGAUUUUUGUGACAAGUUGUAUGAUUUUGGAUAGAAUACCUGUUUUUAAUAAUUGGUCUUUGACAGAUGUUCUGAGCAUACCCUUUGCUACUUAUUACAUUAUAUUACAUCGUGUUGUUGGUUUAAUGGCUUCGGCAUUAAUAAUGUUGAUUUUGUACUAUGUUAAACAAAGAAAUACUUCACUCAAGUUGGAGGCAGGAAUAUGGUUUACAAGUUGGUUGUUCCAGUUCAUUGGGCAUGGGGUUUUUGAAAAGAGAAAACCUGCCCUAUUGGAUAAUCUAGUUCAGAGUUUGGUGUUGGCUCCAUACUUUAUUUUCUUUGAGUUUCUGUUUGUUUUAGGCUUUUACAGCGAAAUAGACGAUCAAUUGAAAAGAGAUCUGAAGGAAAGUAAAGAUGUUUAG